GAGCGCAAAGAAACUAAAGCGUAAUCUGGGCGAUCGAUUCCAUUGUAAGAAGGGGAAAAGAGAAAGUUGUAUUUAUACUUCACUAACUGAAGCUACGGAUUGUAAAUGCUCUCUCCGUCUGUUAACCUAGUUUUUCACUCGUAGAGAAUCCAGAUAAUGUGUUUGAUCGUUUAACCAUUUUGUAAACGAAAUAGCAUCGUGGUUUGGACAAGGUGUGUGGCUCGGGACACGAGUUGGAACAACAGAGUCGCGCGCGCUUGGAUUAAGUUUGCUGAUGAUGGAGUGGCGCGAGCAAUCUGCUGUCAGCUGUGAAGAUGCUUUCUCUGAAGCGCAGAGAUGGAUUGAGGCGGUAACCAAGAAAACAUUCGGGAGCAACAACUUCCGAUCUGCGCUGGAGAAUGGAGUGCUGUUGUGUGAUCUCGUCAACAGGAUCAAGCCAAGUAUCAUCAAGAGGGUGAACAGGCUCUCCACACCCAUUGCUGGACUGGACAACCUGAAUGUCUUCCUGAGGGCUUGCGGGAAGCUGGGACUAAAGGAAGCGCAACUUUUUCACCCCGGAGACCUCCAAGACCUGUCCAGCAGAGUCACUAUCAAACGUCAAGAGACCAGCAGGAGACUGAAAAAUGUGUUGAUCACCCUGUACUGGCUUGGCAGGACAGCACAAAACGACCCUUUCUAUCAUGGACCUUACCUAAACCUCAAGGCUUUUGAGGGAUUACUUGGCAUAGCACUUUCAAAGGCACUCGAGGACUCUGUGGGCCAGAGCGGUGGCAGCAGCAGCGUGAGAGACAGUGGUUUCGGAGACGGCUGGUACUGCGAGAGAGAGGACCUGUUCUACCUGAGAGGAGGAGGACGGCAACACAGGAGGGAGAACUCCCUGGACAGUCUCGACUCUGAGGGCUCGCGACCACCCAGCAUCUCAUCUGACACCACUCUGAAAGACGGCAGCGAGGGUUGUUUCAGUGACGCCGAAGUAGAUUCCCUCUUCAAGAUGGCCGACAGCAAGGACCCCCUCCAUUACCGCCGCUCGCUGGUGGUCACGCCCAAGACAGCCACCCAGUUCAACCAGUUCCUGCCUACCAAGGACAAGUUCUCGGGCUACGUCCCCGCCCCGCUGCGUAAGAAACGGGCCGAGCGCCAGGAAGACAACCGCAGGAGCUGGGUGGGCCCCCAGUUUACAGAGGAGGACGGCACCUUCACCAGAGCUCUCCGUAAGCCCGAUGCUAGUGACGGGAGUAAAUCUAUGAGUGACAUAUCAGUGGACCCAGCCAGUCUAAGACAAGUGCGCUACGAGGAGCUGCAGAAAAUUCGUGAGCAGGUGAAGGAGAGUGAAGACCAGUGGCAGGAUGACCUCACCAAAUGGAAGAACCGCCGGCGUAGCGUGAACUCUGACAUUGUGAAGAAGAAGGAGGAGAGAGAGGAGGUCGAGCAGUUCACCCUGACUGGAAGCAGCAGCAGGAGGUCCAAGACCUUCAGAGAGAUGCAGGAGGAGAGAGAGAACCGGGACACCAAGAGUUCUCUCAGCAAUCGUCUCAGCUCCCUGACCUCUCUGGACCAGGACGUGUUUGAGGAGCCGGCCCCUGCUCCUCGGACCCGUACCCUCCCCACCAGGAGCUACACCGUCGACAGCCCGUACGCAGCCGAGGACCGCCCCACUGCUCGCUCCGUGCCCCCCCUGAGGGAGGACCCCCCUUCCGCCAGGCUGGAGCCCAACAGGGCCAUCUUGCCCCCCGCUGUGCACAAGGGGGUUACGGGGGACCUUCCUACCGCCAGCAGCCGUAGCUCCAUCUUUAAACCUUCCAACCCCCCAGCCACUAUGGAGAUUAGCUGCAACCCAGUCAACACAGCGGAGGACACCUCUGCCCCAGCCCCCAGCCUUCUGAUCAAAGCACCCGAGUCCAGGCUCCCCUGGGCGAGCAGGCAGGCCAAGGAGACCCCCUCUUUUGGCCCUCUGGAUGAGCAGCCCCAGCCUGGCUACAGCCUGCCUCCCGGGGUGUCUCGGGUUUCCGCCUCUCUCCCCAGGAGUUACCAGAGAUCGGAUAGCGCCCGCCUCACCUCAGUCGUCACGGCGCGGCCCUUCGGGACACAGUCCACCCGGAUCACUUCCCUGCCCCGAGCCUUCACCAUGGACGAGUCUCUGAGGCGCGUGAACGGCGAGCCGGAGACCGCCAGCAAGCCUCCGCCCUCCAUCCCUGUCCUCGGCCGCUACGGCCAAGCCAUGACCUUUGAGCACGAGGCCCGCUCCAGCUCAGCCCAGAGCAGCAACGAGGAGGAGGAGGAAGAGGAGGAGGAGGAGGAGAGGAGUGGGACCCCCACACCGAGUGUUUCCCCUGUGGUUCCCCAGAUCAAGAAUGACCCCUCCGGCCCCCAGACCAAGGCUGUGUCUCCCACUCCAGUCCCAGUCAGCCCCACAUCCCCAAAGGACACCAACCAGGAGAGUUUCUGCGACAUGCGCAUCAGUCUGAACCAGAAGCCCAACAGCAGCACAGACUUUGGUUUCCAUGCCGACUGGGACUCCACCGGAGUCCACAUCACAUCCAUGCAGACAGGCAGCCCAGCGGAGCAGUGCCAGCUGCAGUUGGGCGAUGAGGUGCUGGCGGUGAGCGGCCACAAGGUGUCAGACAUGAGCUACCCUGAGUGGAAGGGCAGCCUGGAGGACGCCCUGCAGCAGGGCAGCCUGGUGUUGGACCUACGACGCCACGGCAAGAACCACUGGGACAGAGACCAUCCUUCCCUGCCGUUUAAAAGCCAUAAGAUCAUCAAUCUGACCAGUAUGGAUCAUCCAACACUUGUAGGUGGCCCCGACAAACCCACCGUCAACACCACCAGUCUGGACUUCACCUCCUCCACAUCCACCCAGAACACCAAGGAGGUCCCCAGCCACCCAAUCAUUGACAUGGCCUCCAACGGAGUUAAUGGCGGUUUCCGUGACAAACCAGUGACCCUGAGGAACAAAGAGUCAGAACCCAUUUCUUUGAAAAACUUAAAACGGAGAUCAGAGUUUUUUGAACAAGGAGGAUCCGAGUCUGCAAUAUCCGAUCUGGCUGUUCCCUCCAUCGCCCCGUCCUCCAGCCGCUGGUCCUGGGACCCAGAGGAGGAGCGCAGGAGGCAGGAGAAGUGGCAGAGGGAACAGGAGGUCCUCCUGCAGGAGAAGUAUAAGCGAGACCAGGAGAAGCUGGAAGAGGAAUGGCGUAGGGCCCAGCAAGAUGCUGUGAAUCAGGGCAGCACACACCAGCAGGAGAUGAGUCUGGAGGUGGAGAACAACAGGAGCAUCAGCCCUCACUCUCCCCUCUCCCCCCUCAGCCAGCCGACUCCCCCCUGGCAGGAGCAGGAGGAGUCACAGGCUCAGGCUCUGGAGGAGGAGAGGAGCCGGCUGGAGGAGCAGGAGCGGAGGAGGCAGGAGGAGGAGAGGAGGAAGAGGGAGGAGGAGGAGAGAGACCUGGAGCGCCUGCAGGAGGAAAGGAAGAGACUAGAACAGGAGGAGGAGAAGGAGAGGAGGAGGAGGGAGGAGGAGGAGCUGAGGUGGCAGAGGAAGAGACAGGAGGAGAGGGAGGAGGAGAGGAGGCGUCAGGAGGAACAGCAGCGUAAAGACAGGGAGAGGGACCAGGAGAACCAGAGGGGAGGUGACUCCUAUGGCUAUGCCCAGGUCCAGCCUGAGCUGUCCAUGACUGACAGGGUGAAGUCCAAAUCUACACCCCACCUGGACGAUGUGGACCAUGCCGAUUCGAGAGGCCGCUCCGGCCGUCCGGGGGGCAUGGCCCAGAGGCUGCUGGAGGAGGAGCUGAGACGCCAGCAGGACAGGAGGGCCCAGGGCCAGAGGGCCGCGUCCCAGCUCGAGCUGGAGAGGAGGGACAUCCUCAACGCCAUGAGAUACAGGGAGCCAGAGAGAGUGACCAGCAGUGGGCUGGCUGAGGCCUCAUGGGGGAAGAAAGGGGACAGCCUGUCUCAGUCGGAGGCCGAGCGACAGCAGAUCCUGCGGGAGAUGAAAAAGAAGACCCAGCUCCUGACUGACAACAGCUGGAUCCGCCAGAGAUCCACCAGCACCACCACCAGCAAGGAGCCUAUUGACCUGGCUGGCCCCAUUCGCAGAGGCGAUUCCCUGGACAACUUGGACGCGCCCCGCUCCUCCUGGCGCUCCUCAUGGACCCCAGGAAGCACCUCCUCCAUCCCCAACUACAGCCGGCCCCACUCCGCCAUGUCUGCCAGCGGCGGAGGAGCAGGGGCUGGGGGCUGGGCUCGCCCCGGGUCAGCCACCUUUCCCUCUUCCUACUCCAUGAGCUCCCUGCGAGCGGGCGGAGGGAACCCCUCGUCCUCCUGGUCCCAGCGCUCCUCCUCCCCCACCUCCCCCUCCCCCACCACGUCUCCCGAGCCCCCGGCUGAGCAUCACCUGCCCUCCCAGCAGCAACGCAGCAGGUCAGUGAGUGGCAAGAAAAUCUGUACGUUGUGUGACUCGCCGCUGGGCAAGGGAGCAGCCAUGAUCAUCGAGUCCCUGGGGCUCUGUUAUCAUUUGGGCUGCUUUAAGUGUAUUGACUGUCUGUGCGACCUGGGAGGAUCAGAAGCAGGGGCAGAGGUCAGAAUACGCAACAAACAACUCUACUGUAACUCCUGCUAUGUGCGCUUCAAAACUGGACAGCCCACCUCCAUGUGACCUCCCUGGGCUCCAGCUCAUCCAGGAAGAGACCUGUCCUGACAACCCAUAGUCACUGCUGCCAUGGCAACAAGCCCGGCCACCUCUAGGAAACGAGUUCAGCGGUAUACCUGCGUUGACAAUAACAAUGGGCCUAAUUUCUUUAAUGAAACGUAUUCCUUGUUUUUACAUUGUGUGUGACAGGGUGAGAUUGAUAUCAAAGUUAUCCAAGUUAACUUGUCUAUAAUAUCAAAGUAUUACAAAUCUACUCGUAUAAAGUAUAAGGGACGUGCAUGCACCGGCGAGUUUUAGUCAACGUUUUAGGAUGGAGCUGUACACACAUACGGAUCCCAUCAAUAAGAUGAUUCAUUGUAAUCUCCCAGAGAGAUCACUUAUCAUGUAGGAUCGCAAGAAUGGCUGGACAGUCCUGCUUCUUCUCACUCAUCUGUCACUAGCUUCCUUUCUGCUGUCCAGUUCCACACUCUAGUCAGGUCGCCUAUGUUAAACUAUAAGAUUAUCUCGUAAUUUUUAUGAAUGUGCCUUCUCGUUUGUGACUGGGGAAAAGAUUGUAGAUCAAAUGAAUUUAAGGAUAUUUAAAUACUUGUGGUUGGUUGAAGAGCGCUUAUUGUGGGAUUUGGUUUUUCUCAUUAAUAGAAUGAUGCCUUCACGUUUGAGCAGCAGUUGGUGUUGUUGUUGUUUUACCAGAGAGGAAAUUUAUCAUAUAUUUACCAUAUGGCAUUGAGGUAAAUUUUGUUGAAUAACAUUUGUAAAUAAAACAACCAAAUUGUGA